UGUCUGCUGUUAAAAUGUUUGUGAAUAUGGUACUGUGGGGUUCUGUGUUUUUUGUCUCUCGCUGAUAGCAGAUCUAAAUGGUCUCAAUUGGCUGCUCUGCAAGCUGAGAGGUACGCUCUCUGGCUUAUACAUGCCCAUCAUCAGAAGCCCAAUAUCCCCUUCUCUUUCAUGGCACCUGUUGCACUUCAGUUUGCUUCUGCAGCAUGGAGUUUUAUCAACAACUAGUGCUCCCCUUCACCUGCUCAGAGAUUGAGAAUCGUUCUUCUGUAAGCAUCUCAGCUCCCACUAGUCCAAUAUCAUUUUGUUAACUGCGGCAGGACUGCUGGCGACGGUUGCUCUUCCAUUUUGACACCAUAGAGCAUUCUUGUUCUUCCCCUGAGAGUGAAACCAGGGUAAAUAGCUGCCUCUGCUUGUCCGCUACAGCACGCUUGCCACCCAGCCCUUUGACUGCAUGUGAGAAAUGGCAAAUGCCGAAGUGAGCGUCCCUGUGGGGGAUGUGGUGGUUGUACCAAGCGAAGGAAAUGAAGGGGAGAACCCGGAAGAUACCAAAACCCAAGUGAUACUACAGCUACAGCCAGUGCAACAGGGUUUGUUUAUCGAUGGACACUUUUACAACAGGAUUUACGAAGAGGGCUCUGAGACCAGUGCCGCUGUGGUGGCUGUAGAAACACAUACCAUACACAAACUAGAAGAAGGGAUUGACCCCAGCACCAUUGAAACUAACGAGGAAAUUGAGAUUGCCUACCCCAUCACCUGUGGGGAGAGCAAAGCCAUCCUCCUCUGGAAGAAGUUUGUCUGUCCAGGAAUUAAUGUCAAGUGCGUCAAGUUUAAUGACCAGUUGAUCAGCCCUAAGCACUUUGUUCACUUGGCUGGCAAGUCUACCCUGAAGGACUGGAAGAGAGCCAUUCGCCUUGGAGGAAUCAUGUUGAGGAAGAUGAUGGACUCUGGGCAAAUCGACUUCUACCAGCAUGACAAGGUUUGCACCAACACCUGUCGAAGCACCAAAUUUGAUCUCCUGAUCAGCAGUGCCAGAGCACCAGUGCCGGGGCAACAGACAAGUGUGGUGCAGACGCCCACAUCAGCUGAUGGGAGCAUCACCCAAAUCGCAUUGUCCGAGGAGAGCAUGGAGGAGGGGAUUGAAUGGAACUCUGCUCUGACGGCUGCUGUCACCAUGGCCACUGAGGAGGGCAUCAAGAAGGACACAGAGGAGAUUUCGGAGGACACACUGAUGUUCUGGAAAGGAAUAGCCGAUGUGGGGCUGAUGGAAGAGGUCGUCUGCAACAUCCAGAAAGAGAUAGAAGAGGUGCUGAAAGGUGUCCAGCAGAGGCUCGGCCAAUCUCCCUUCCAGAUCACAGAUGCUGCAGUCCUGAAUAAUGUGGCGCACACUUUUGGCCUGAUGGACACAGUCAAGAAAGUUUUGGACAACAGGAAAAGCCAAACAGAGCAGGGAGAAGAGCAGUUUCUUUAUACUUUAGCAGACUUGGAACGCCAGCUGGAGGAGCAGAAGAAGCUCGCCAGGGAUCAGAAGAUGAAGUCUCAGACGAUCCAGAACGUGGUGCUGAUGCCAGUCAGUGCUCCGAAACCCCCUAAGAGACCUCGUUUGCAGCGCCCGGCCUCAGCCACAGUCUUGAGUCCCUCCACCCCUGUCCAGCAGCCUCAGUUCACAGUCAUCUCACCCAUUGCCAUCGCACCUAUGGGACAGCAAUUCUCAGUGGGCAACAUUCCAGUGGCAACCAUCAGCCAGGGAUCCAGCCCAGUGACUCUCCACACCUUGCCAUCCUCACAGCUCUUCCGAUAUGCCACCGUGGUGUCUUCCUCCAAGUCCAGUUCAUCUGACACUGUAACCCUUCAUCCGUCCUCGAGCUUGGCCCUGCUGAGCUCAGCUGCUAUGCAGGACAGCGGUGGGCUGGCUAAUGUGGCCACGGUGGUGAACCCUGUGGAACUGGUGGCCAUGGAGUCUGGCCUGACCUCUACCAUCCAAGCUGUAGAGGGCACCUCAGAAGAUGGACAGACCAUCAUAGAGAUAGACCCGGCACCAGAUCCUGAAGCAGAGACUGAGGAAUCAGAGGGCAAAGCUGUGAUUUUGGAAACUGAGCUGAGGACAGAGGAGAAAGUGAUGGCAGAUGUUGAGGACCAUCAGCACCAGUCCAAAAACGGGAAAAGCUGGAGAAACAUGGAGAGGCCCAAGAAAAGGCUCCAUCUCCAUGGAGUGAUGGACAAAAUCAACCCUUUCUGCAGGGAGGAAGGAGGAGUGAUUCUGCAGACCAGAAGGGGAGAGCACCUUUCCUUCCUGAGAGCGCACAGUGAUACAGUCCAUAUUCUCGUUUUUGCCCAGGCUAGGACUAUUUUAUUUGAGAGAGACUCUCUGGCCAGUAACUGGAGCAUUGAUCUUACUGCUGGAAGGGGUUGGUUAUUGCUUUGGGGGAAACAGGUACCUCAUUUUUAUUUUUUCCCAGGGAAGGGAAUUCUGUCCAACUCCUCAUUAUCAACUAUGCUGGUAUUUUGCUUUUGGCAAGGAAGCAGCAACCCUGACUGUAGUGUUCAUUGUCCCCUUUCCCACACCCUGUGGGUUUUUUUGUUUGUUUUGUUUUUUUGCUUUGCUCUCCCUUCCCCUUUCCAGAUCUGCUGGCUGCUAAAGUGCUUAAGCUGCUUUUGGGUUCUGUCACCCAAAUCCUGCUUCUUCCCUUCCUGGCCUUCUCCCUCCCAGGCCUUGUAAGUUUCUUUGCUGCAGGACACUGUUACAAGACACUGCUCGCUUAAGCCUGGUGCGUAAAGGAGAAGAAUCAACCCACUGGUAAAAACACAGCCCUCCCUUUAGCAUAGCGCUGACCUCCUGGAUGUAUAAAGCGUGUGUUGUGCUGUUGCUUCCUGGGAGAGCUGGACUCCACGGGGCAGGAGCCCCAUCUGUUUAUGCCGCACGCUGGAAACUGUACUUGCUAGUUGCUACAUGUUGGUGUGUGAGUUUUUUCUUUUUUUCCCUUAAUCUAUUUGCAGGAUUAGAACGGGCAUAUUAUUUUAGCGUUGUGACUGCCUCAGCAUCCCCGCUCCCCCCGCCACUUCUUUAGUGGGGGGGCUCUUUUGUUUCUUUGUGGGGCGAGGAAGGGAAGGAGGGAAUCUAUUUUUAGUUCAACUGUUGAAUUG